AUGUACGAGGUGGUCGAUCCGCUGCUGCUGCCCACCACAUCGCAAUGCGGCAAGUUCUGCCGGCUGUGCUUCAACCAGGCCGACGAUCUUCGGGCGCUCUUCCCGUCGUCGGCCAGCAUCCCCAACAAGGCGUUGCUGCACAAGAUUUUCGACUGCACCACAAUAACGCUAAGCUACCGGGAAGACCAUGAUGCCCGAAUCUGCUCCAACUGUAUCGUCAGCAUCGAGGCGUUCUUCAAGUACAAAGUUCAGUGCGUCGAGAACGAUCGGUUGCUGCGUACGAAGCGUGCCAGUUUCUUUGCCGGGCUCGGACUGGCGGCCGAUUUGGCCGGAGCCGGCCGUCUGCCAGCGCUGGUGGAGCACGGGGGGCAGCACAAGCGGCGGCAUCACCAAAUCCAGCAGCAGCACUCGGUGGAAGUGUUCGGCGUUGGGGACGACGACGAUAGCGACGAUGACGAGAGGCGGCGGCGAGAGGAUAGCAAACGGCAGCGAACCACGAACGGUGCAGUGCACGAAGGGGAAGCGAACGGUGAGGAGGAGGAACUGGAGACGAAGGAAGCGGAAGACGAUGACGACGCCGAUGGUGGCCGCUUGGCGUAUCGCAUCAAGCAGGAAGUGGUGCCACUCGCCGCGACACGAACCGAGGACGACGACGAUGGUUUGAUGCUGGUGGAAGAGGGUGACGACGUGGGACGGAUGGUGGGCCGUACGGAGAAGCGAGAGCACGCAGAAGAGGACGCCGACGAUGACGACGAUGAUGAGGAGUACUUCAAUCCGGACCAGUUCCUGGCACAGGAAACGCAGAUCGACGAAGGAACCGAUGCGACGAUCGGUGACGAUGACGAUGGUGCUGGUGGUGAUCACACUUCGUCGUUUGAGCGCGGCUGGAAGACGACGGAGUUUGCACCGCAACCGGGUUCAUCCGGCAUGCGGACACUCAAGAUCACGGACUACUCGAACGUAACGGGGAAGCGCGGACGAGCGCAGCGAUUCGAAACGGAUGCGCUCCUAACGGCCGCGGCGGCAGCGGCCGCCGGCAACAAUCUGCUGGCGUUUCACGAGGAACUGCAGCGCUUGAAUGGCCUUGCGGGUGGACGACUCGCUGGCUGCCCGGCGGGUCAGCUGUUUCCACCACCCGAUAGUCGAGCGCCGCCGCCGGUGGUUGGAGCGAGUCCCGUGAGCCGGCGACUCGGUCCGAACGGGUCAGUGAUCGAGCACACGAAGAAGGUGCAGAAGUUCCUGGACGAUGGUUUGCGCGAGCUGAUCUACAACGCCGGUGCACCGAAUCCUCACUAUGCGCGGGACGGAGGCUCGACCGCGUUCAAGGUGGUGAAGGCGCGCUUCAACUCGUACAACAUCAUCUUCGACGACAAUCGGUUUCUGCGGCGCAACAAAUCGGUCAGCGGGUUGCCCAAGUGGUACUGGGCCUGCAGCGUGACCGGGUGCCCGGUGAAAAUCUGCAGCUACGCCGGCCGGCUGUUCAAAACGAACGAGUUGCCGCACACGCACCCCGCCACCGAGCCGGAUGCGGACAGCAAGUACGAAACGAUCGCUCCCGAUCCGCACGAGGCGGAACAGCUGCAGCGCCAAUUGUUGCUCCAGCAGCAGCAGCAGCACCAGGCGCAACAGGAACGAAUGCUACGCCAGCAGCAACAGCAACAGUUGCUACGCCAGCGCCAGAUCGAGAUGGCACAGCGCCGUGUGGCCGCUGCUGCGGCGAUGAUGGCUGCGGCGGCUGUUUCGGCACGCAGCACCACCGAAACGGCACCCCCGGAACACCCGAAGGCAAGCGCAGGAGGAGCGCAGGGCCGGUCAAACUACGAGCUGCAGACGGCCGCGGACGGCACCGAGAUGCUGCUGUACGGGGGUCAUUCGUUGGCCCUGAUUAUGACGCGCAAGGAUGGUGUCCGGGUGUACCGGUGUACGAGCAUUGUGGCCGACGAGGGCGCCAUUCGUCGCCCGUGCACCGACACGAUCUUUUUGCUCACGAGCGGUCGCAUUGGGCGCAUCUGCAAGGAGGAAGACGUCGACUACGAGAUGGAUCUCACACCGCUGGCGCUGGGCGCUGGAGAGGAUCAGCAACGCAGCGGCGGCGAGCACGGCGCCGAGGAGGACGACAAGCGGCGUCGGAUGCAGAAGAUCAUCGUGUACGAGGGCUACCGGUACAAGUACUGCCAUGCUCGGCCCGAGGGCAACUUUUAUUGGCGGUGCGUGCAGCGGCACGAGAAAGACUGCCUCGCGUCGCUACAGACGAAGCGCAACAUGGAGUUCCUGAAGGUGAACGAUCAGCCGCACAACCACGAGGUACCGGACCCGUCGGAACCGCACGAGAAUGCGAUGCUGUGCGAAAUCCGGCUCCCGGUGGCGGGCGAGCAGUCGGAGCACGGGUCGACCGACUUUAAGCUCGUGAAGAGCGGCCAAAAGCGCGAGUUUCUCAUCUACAAGGGCUACCGGUACUACUUUCAGUACGAGUCGAAGAACGGGCGCCGCUCGUACCGGUGUACGAUGUUUAAGAACUGCCCGGCCGGGGCGUUCCUCCUUCCGAACAGCACCAUCCAGGAGGCGAAAAACUUCAUCCACACACACCCGCCGGUCGAGGACAUGGACAAGUACAUCACCAAGGACAGUCUCAUUACGAGCCCGAUCAAAGUGACGACGUCGUCGGGCGGAAGUGACGCUGGCGCCGGGGGCGACGGUAGACCGUCGACGGCGGCGGAUGCGUCGCCUCCGAAAGCAAGCGAACCUCCUCCUGGGGACCCUCCGGUCGCCAAAGAUCCGGAGGUGGCGCGGCGAAACGGUUAUCGGAUCAUUAAGAAUUACAAAAACAAAGAGAUUAUGAUUUACCUUGGGUGGCGCUACUUUGAGGAUUACAAGAAAAAAACGGGCGGCCAAGUUUGGCGCUGCUCUUCGCACCGCUUGUGCCGUGGUUCGGUUCACCUCUUCCCGGACGGGUCGAUUAACUUCGCCAAGCUCGUCGAUCACAAUCAUUCGCCCCCGAAGAAGAUCCUGAACCACACGGCGGGGACGGCGGUCGAUGGAGAAGGUGACGGUGGAGUGGCACUUCUUGAGGAUGGUACCGGUGUCGGGUCGCUGCACGGUGGAGACGAUUCGUUGCUGCGCAGCUGGGGUGGUGUUUACCAUCGGUACAUCACGCACCAGGGCCACCGGUUCCGGUUUGCGACCCGUAAGCGCGAGGGAACGAUCUACUGGCGCUGUGCGAUGCGGCUCGUCACCAAGUGUCCGGUGUCGUUCCACACGAAGGACGACACGUACGAGCUGGUCAGUACGCGCAACCACGAGCACAAUCACGCGAUCCCGAGCGUGUGGCCCGACGUGGCCGGUGGCCAGAUCGAGGCGGACCUGCCACAGGUGCGCCUCCCGGCGGAGGAGAUCGGUACGAAUGAUUUCGUGCUGACGAAGAACGCCAAGGGUCGCGAUCUGGUCCUGUAUCGCGGCGGGCGCUUCUAUCUGGACUAUUCGCGCAAAGACGGCAAGAUUGUGUUCCGCUGCUCGGCCGUGUCCGGGUGCCGGGCGACGGUUUUGCUGCUGCCGAACCGAACGCUGCAGGUACCGGAAGAGUUCAAUCACAAUCACCCGACGGCACAGGACGCCAUCGGUGGCUGGUGCGGGGCUGGCGAGCCAACGGCUUCCGGUGUGAAAACGGACGAUGAAAGCGGCAUGGACGACGGAGUGGCCUCCGGAACGCCCGCGAAGAUCAUCCUGCACGAUGGGUACCAUUUCCGUUUCGUUUCGCGCCAUCCAACGGAGCAAAGUGCUUUCUACCGGUGCGUGUGGGUUGACGCACGGAAAGCGCAGUGCCCGGUGGCACUGUACACCGAUCUGCGCGGAGUCGUCAUUCAGGCGAGCCAGCAACCGCACAGCCACGAUCCGAGCGACUACGGGCUGGUCGGUGGGCCACCACCCGGCACAACGGCCACCGGAAUGGCGAAUGGCACCACGAACAGCGAGUUGAUCGGCACGCGCGAGUAUCGGAUUGUGAAGAACUGGAAAAAUCGGGACGUGCUCGUGUUUCAGAACUGUCGCUACUUCCUGCACUACGUCCGCAAGGAUGGGCGGAAGGUGUGGCGCUGUUCAGCCAUUCGUAGCUGCCACGCCGCGGUCUACCUGAACGCGGACGGCACGGUAGAUCAGUUUCGCGGUCAUCACGUGCACGAGAUACGGCCCGAGGGCGAACCGAGACGGCGGCGGCGCAGAAAGAAGGCCGAACUGAUGGUAUCGUUUGCCGGUGCGGCGAACGGAAGCGCGAUCUACGCCGGGAACGGUCCCGUUAUGCUGGGAGCGGCCGAAUUGGUAGCCAGAAGUCGCCUGCUCGAAGGAGCCGUCAAUGGUGCAGUGUCCAUGCUGAACGGAAACCAUGUAGCUGGUGGUGGUGGUGGUGGUGGUGGUGUCGGGAAUGCUGCACUGAUGGCCAGCAUUGCCGGUAGCCUGAAUGGUGCUAACCACAGCAACGCCAACAGCCACAACGGAGCCGUUGGUAAUGAGUGGAUCGACUACAGUGACUACGGUAUUCGACUGAACGUGGCUUCGAACGACGCCGGUGCUACCAGCGCUGCUCGGUUGCCGAACGAAGACAACGGAUCGCUUUGGGACCACUUCCACCCUCAUCAGGCCCUCGGUGAGGGGACCAGCGACGGUCGACGGGGAGGAGAGGCACCGUCGGGGUUCGAUCUGAGCUAUCACUCGGUGUUUGGCAAUCAGGAAAACUUUGCCGAAUCCGUCACGUACGCCGCACAUGCAAUAGCACAGCAUCAGCUUCACCAGCAACACCAGCGCCAUCUGCAGCAGCAACUGCAGCACCAUCAAAGUAUGCUGCUGAACGGGCACCAUUCCCAGCAACCGGCGCCACCGCACGAGGUUAGCAGUGACGAUCACGACGAGUCCGGUGAGGAGCAGCAGCAACAGCAGCACCACGAUGACCAUCCGCCACUGAUACACCUCGAGCCGGAAGUGAAGCUAGAAAGCGACGAUCUCUGA